UCCACUGGCCGUACUCCAGGACGCAUUUUGCCAGUGCUCCGGCAUCUCUGAACAGCACACGUACCUCCGCUGCAGCUCCACGGCUCGCUGUCAGGUGCGGAUCAGACGGGAUCCAAUAUCAUAUCGAGCGACCACCCUUCCGUUCACUGACUGUAUUUCAGAAACGCUAAAGGAUUUACUUCAUCACUCUCUGUUUAUGAAUUGUGACUGCUAAAUAGCCGAAGGUUGGUGUGGAGUUUUGUAACUAAAGGAUUUCUGCGUGCACUGGAAUACAUCAGCCAAAAAUGAGGAACUGUUGAGAACCAUCAGGUCACUUUGGAGCCGUACCACGUGUGGAUGCCUCCACUCCCUUGCUGGAUGAUUCCAUCUCUGUGAUGAAAGGCUUAUCCGGCAGCCGCAGCCACCACCACGUGGUGACGUGUGACCCCUCUUUUGAGUCCAUGGGUCACCACUUGGACCACAAACCCUACCUCAUCAGCCAGAUCGACAACCCCCACCCGGUGGACCAUUCGUACUACUCCCAGAGAAGCCCCUACCAGCCUGACUGCGUGGUGCCUUAUGGGACCUUCCCUCGCCGACACUACAGCUCCCAGCAUGAGCUGAAAGAUGAGAUGGCUGUGGUUCCCUACUCUGGCGGAGGUGUUCCAGCCAGCAAGGGCCAACAGCGGCUCCCUGUUGCCCUUUUGGAUCAGUUCGACCGGCAACUCCCAGUGCCUCGGGACGGCUAUCACACACUGCAGUACAAGCGUGCGGCUGCAGCCUUGGAGCAACGAAGCGACAGUCCUGGCCGAAUCCGGCACCUGGUGCACUCAGUUCAGAAGCUCUUCACCAAGUCCCAUUCACUAGAGGGCCCACACCAUGGUCACGGCCAUGGCAAGGGCAGCAUCAAUGGAGGAAAGGCCAGCCCCGAUGGAGAACCUCCUGCAAUUCGGCACCGCAAGCGCAGCAAGAGCCGGGAACGCUGCAAGUCGGCGGAGCCCAAGAAUCGGACACCGCCUUCUGGCUACUGGAGUUCGGAUGAAUUGGAGCGUGAGGCCUGCCUGUUCCACCAUGGACCACCGGGUGUCAUGACCAUGGGCCGUCACCCGGACAAGUCCCAGUCCCAGUACUUCCUGGAGGCAUACAACACCAUCAAUGAUCAGGCGCUUAAAAACUCCCGCAGCAACAACGAUUUGGGCAAGUGCUCGACGUGCACAAGCAUCCCGCUGAGCGUGGACGCUUCACAGCUCGUGAAGAAGAGCUCGUGGUCGUCCUCUCUCACGGUGAGCAGAGCACGUCAAGUCUACCAGAAGGCCUCGGUAAAUGUAGAUAAGGCUCUAGUGAAAGCAGAGGCUUGUCAGCAGGAGCGAUCAUGCCAAUUCUUGCAGGUCCCUCAGGAUGAGUGGGGUGGUUUUCCGCUGGGCAAAGAUGAGGACAUCCCAUGCAGACGCAUGCGCAGUGGCAGCUACGUCAAGGCAAUGGCGGAAGACGACAGUGGAGACUCAGACGGCAGCCCCAAACCCUCGCCAAAGAUGCAGGCGCGACGGGCAAGUUACCUCAAAGCCACACAGCCAUCGCUCACUGAGAUGACCACCCUAAAGAUCUCCCAGGAACAUUCUCCAAAACUGCAGAUCCGGAGUCACAGCUACUUGCGGGCGGUGAGUGAAGUUUCCAUCAAUAGGAGCCUGGACACCCUGGACCCCAAAGCUCUGCUAGCCUCUCCCCAAUAUCGCUCGCGCAACGAGAGCUACAUGAGGGCUAUGAGCACCAUCAGCCAGGUGAGUGAGGUGGAGGUGAACGGGCAGAUUGAGGCCAUGUGUGAGAGUGUGUUUAAUGAAAUGGAGUCUCAUGCUGUGGACGCCCUGGACCUGCCCAUGCCCGGGUGUUUCCGCAUGAGGAGUCACAGUUACGUGCGUGCCAUUGACCAGGGCUGCUCGCAGGACGACGACAGCCCUUUGCUCCCGGCCUCCCCACCAAGGACCACCACUACUGUCAGAACCAUCCAGAGCAGCACAGUAUCAUCAUGUAUCACCACCUAUAAGAAGACUCCUCCACCAGUUCCUCCCCGCACCUCCACCAAACCCUUCAUCUCCAUCACCGCUCAGAGCAGCACAGAGUCUGCGCAGGAUGCCUAUAUGGACGGUCCCGGGACGAGGGGUGAACCUGUGCUCCACUCCGGCCUGAGUAAUUCCACUGAGAGUAUUGACAGUAUGAAGGCGCUGACGGCAGCCAUAGAGGCGGCCAACGCUCAGAUCCACGGCCCCGCCAGUCAACACGUCAGCAACAGCACCAUGACCAUCAGCACUGCCCCGCCCUCACCACUUCCCCUGCCUGUGCCCGUGCCUGUCCCCAUUCCCAUACCAGCCCUGGAGGACGUCCGACGCGAUGUGCUCAGGAAGAGCAGGUGCCUUUCUAUUGGCAUUCAGGUGGACGGCCCAGAGGAGCAGGAGCUGGAGGACCAGUCCAAGUUCCAGUCAGUGGGCGUUCAGGUUGAAGAGGAGCAUGGUCACCGGCGGUUUAUUCGCUCUAACAGUGUGACGACAGCAGUUCAGGCUGAUCUGGAUACUCCAGACUACACCCCGGCAGACUCUCCGGUCACAGAUUUCCCCGCUGCGGGCUGUUUGUCCCGGCAGUACUCGCGAGACGCCGCCACCUCCACCGUCAGCAUCCAGGGCUCAGGGAAUCACUAUCAUGCCUGCACCUCUGACGACUAUGAGGAUGUUGGUUUCGACCCCUCCAUCCUGCCUCCACCAGACCCCUGGAUAGACAGCGUCAUAGAGGACUCUCUGGAAGUGGUGGGCCGCUCGGUGUGUCAGCGUGAUGGCCGUUGGUUCCUCAAGCUGCUGCAGGCUGAGACCGAGCGCAUGGAGGGCUGGUGCAGACAGAUGGAGCAUGACGAAAAGGAGAACAAGAUGCCCGAUGAAGUCCUGGGGAAGAUCCGCGGUGCAGUAGGAAGUGCACAACUGCUUAUGUCCCAGAAGUUUCAGCAGUUCAGGGAGCUGUGUGAGGAAAAUUUGCAGAACCCAAACGCUCACCCUCGGCCUGUGGCUCAGGAUCUCGCAGGAUUCUGGGACAUGCUUCAACUUUCCAUUGAGAACAUCAGCUUAAAGUUUGACGAGCUUCACCAGCUCAAAGCCAACAACUGGAGGCCCCUCGACCCCCCUGAGCGAAAGGUACAGCAAACUUGCAGAAUUAGCCUGGAAUCACUGACAAAUGAAGAACAUGAAUGGAGACAUACAGACACCUGAACGAAUGACAACAUUGCGUUUUUUCAUUCAUAUGCAUGAUCUGUUGCUUCUGUAGUGUGCUUUUAUGCAUCCUGGGGAUGGCAAUGGCAAUAACAAACCUUCAAAAUCCACAAUAUUUUUGUGGAUUAAUAUAAAUGUGCCCAAGUAGCAAUGUGCCCAAAGGCAGUCAUAUUGUGGUGAUGUUAAUAGUAUGUAAAAUAUAAUAUAAACAUUUAGAGAACAUUCCUAAAGGGAUAGAUCAAAUUAAAAUGUUCUCAGAUUUACUCACACUCAAGUGGUUCUAAACCUUUAUGAAUUUCUUUCUUCUGUUGAAUACAAAACUAGAUAUUCUGAAGAAUGUUUGGAUAAAGAAAAGCCACUGACAUUCAUAGGAGGGACAAAAAAAAAAAAAACGAUGGAAGUCAAUGGCUGAAAAAUAAUUGAGAACUGGUGUACUAUUUAAAGGGAUGGUUCACCCCAUAUUUUAAAUUCUGCCAAUAUUUACUCAACAUUUACUUGUUUCAUCUGUUGAAUGCAAUAAAGUUAUUUAAAGAUAUGCUGGUCACCUAUUGACUUCAACAGUAAAAAAAGAUACUAUGGAAGCUGAUGGGUGCCAGUAACCAGCAUUCUUCACAGUAUAUUCUUUGUUUUUUAGCAGAGGAGAAAAACCCAUAAAGGUUUUUAAAACUACAUGAGGGAGAAUAAAUAAUGAAGGAUAUUUUAUUUCAUUUUUGGGUAAAAUAUCCCUUUAAUGAAAAUCCUGGCUGUUUGAUUUGGUGUGACUGUGCGUUUAAGAGAAUAAUCAAAACCUAACAACCAAUAUCUAUAGAAAUCAUCAAAAUUAUUUAUGUUGUUUUUUGCUAAGGACCACAGUUUGAACAACAAAAAAAUAUCCUUUUACUAACUAACAGCAGAUUUAAAUCUUUUGGGUGAAAUAUCCCUUUGGAGUUCUUACAUUGUAAAAAAAAAUGCUGGGUUCCUGUAAAA